CAGGAUGGAGAAGACCAUAGAGGGACUGCAAGAACAAAUGAUGUCUAGAUCUAUCCCUUGUGAUGCUGAACUUCAAGAACUAAUGCACCAGAUCGACAUAAUGGUAAACAAGAAGAAACUGGAAUGGGAAAAGAAGAUGCAGGGAUUGGAAGCAAGGAUGACUAUCCGGGAUCAAGAGUUAGCAAGUGCCCAAAGCAAAUUAGAUCAGAAAGGUCAAGAGGUGGGCUUACUCAGACAGAAACUGGACAGCUUGCAAAAGUCAAAAUAUGAGAUGGCUCAGAACUAUGAUGCUCAGCUUCAAGCCUUGAAAACCCAAUUUGCUAAGCUGACACAAAGCUAUGAAAAGUUACAGUUGCACCAAUUAAAACAAAACAAAACUCACAGCAUGGAGAAAUGCAUGGAAAACCAAGAAGCACCUUUCCAGAUGAACUGUUUAAACCAGAAGUUGGAGGAAUUUAGAGCAAAAUCAAGAGAGUGGGAUAAGCAGGAAACGCUGUAUCAAAAUCAUUUGGUUUCUUUAGAUGCUCAGCGAAAAUUACUGUCUGAGAAAUGCAAUCUGUUCCAGAAACAAGCUCAAAAUUGUAAAAUCCAAAUACACUGUCAAAAGCUGAAGCAAAAUGAUGGGGAUACUUGCAGCCAGUACAGAAAUGAGCAGCUUGGGGUCCAGAACGGUGCUUUUACUGAGCCUGCUGAUAGGAACGAAUUCUUUAUGGAGAAACUUGAAUCAACCGUGAGUGAAAUAGCGGUGAGCAGAAACAAACUACAAGAGGAAAACUUAAAGCUCCAACAGGAAGUAAAAAUGUACCAAAGAAAAUUCCAGAACACUGAAGCCAGACUCAUAGAAGUAAGGAAUGAACUGCAGUCUCGUGAACACCUCUUAAAUAUGGUGGAGCUGGAAUGUCAGCAGUUGCGAAAGGAAGUGGCCAAAAUCGAAGAGUAUAAAAACAAAGAAGAAAAUCAAGUGAAGCUUCAGUCAGCUUAUGCACAAUGCAUCAAGGAUCUGGAAAUAAAGAAAACUCAGAUACUUAUUCUGGAAAAGCAGCAGGACAAUCUACAAAAAGAGCUAAACGAGAUGAUGGGCGAACUUUCUCGAGAAGAGCAAUCCCAUCGCUCCGAGGUGAAGAGACUGAGGAUGGAAAACUCUAGCUUGACGGAGGAGCUUCAUCAGAAGGAAAUUACUAUAGCAACUAUCGUGGAAAAUGCUGCGCUGCUGGAAAAGCAGACAAUGGAUUUAUCGAAGAAAGAGCACAAAACCUGUUUGGAUCCUGGUGAUAUUCUGGAGUGUAAAAAUGGGAGGUUACACAAAGAACUCCUUAAGUUGCCGAGGGACCCAGACAUGCCUUCCUUGGUGAAUGCCAUUGCAUACUUUGGAACAAAUCAUGCCAAGCAGGCUUCUCUGAAAAUGCCAGCAAAGGAAGAGAAGCCUGUGCAGAAUUCAUCUCAGUCUGCAAUAUAUGAACAUUUGGGAUGCUGCCAAAUGCAUGUUCCUGGCUGGCAGGGCCUACAGGAUAUUAUUACUCUUGAAAGCAAUGGCACUUCACCUCCCAAAAGAUCAAGCCGAGAUCGUGAACCCGUCGCGGAUGGUAGAUCUCCAUCCCCGCUGGAGGUGCUCCCACCAUUUUACUCCACUUCCUUUCCUGAAAGGAAUAAAUCUGAUGUACUGCUGAACCAGGUCUUCAUUAUGGAAGAAAGACAGAUGGCUUCCCCAGAUACUUUGUUCCAGGCUGCUGCAGCAGAGAAAUUCCGACAGGAGGAAGAGAGGCGAGCAAAGGACUUCGAACAGAUUUUAAACUCUCACAUUGAAGACCUGCAAAGGCAGUCAGCGAACACCAUAAAGAACCAUGCCACUCUCAAGCAAACCCACCACAGAUGAACCUUUUUUAAAAAAAAACACAAAAAAACCUUAAAUUGUACAGAUAAUCCCUGCACCAAUCAUCAGCUACCAUUUGAAAAAAAAAAAAAAACUUUAGCCAAAGAAAAAUUUUGUAAUGUGAGAUUUUAUAUCGUUUUGCUGUGGAUUUCAUUUCAACAUGAAUUUGGAAGAUUGUGUAUCAAAAGGUCUCAAAAGAAAAUCUGGAAAU